UUUACUCAUAGUCAUUAAUCAUAAACAAUGUGCAAUUUAUGAUUUUUUCGUUAUUAAAGAAGAAAAAUAUUUACCCAAAAAUAGAAACUUUCCGUAAAAUUAGUUGAUAAAACUACCUAAAAUAUAAAUGGAAUUGAAUCAUCUGGAUAAAGAGUCAAACAUGAGAAAAAUAAGCAGAAAGUCUCAAGAACCAGAUCCUAAUGACAACAGUGAGCUGGACGGCGUUUUUCCUAUCCCUAAUUUCAGCACUGACGUUGCAGAUCUACCAGAGAGCAAGGCUCUGGUUACUCGUCUUGACAUCUUCUGGAUAAUUUUCUCAAUAAUUACCCACCUGGUAGACCUGGUAACCGACUUGAAUUUAUCAUUCAGAUAUUACAUCAAAGGACAACUCAUGUACUUUUUCAUCACUACAGCAUUUUUGUUUAUUCCUUCUUUUAUUAAUAUCAUCGUCAGUAUCAGGAUGUAUGAACAAGAUUCAGAGAUGAAAGCUGAAGGGAUAAAAAAGCAAACUCUAGCAAGACGGAUCCUCAAACUAAAAUUAUGCUGUCCAUUUAUUCUAGUAUUCCAACUAGCGCCAGUUCUCCGGUACCUAGACUGUCUGAAAUAUGCUUGCCAAUCAUAUCAGUGCCGGAAAGACAACGAUAAUUACGGACAAAGAAAGUAUUAUAUAAAAAUGUUGAAAGAAGAACAGGACAUAUCUUUACUGCGAGUGUUUGAGUGCUUUUUAGAAGCUGCUCCUCAUCUGGUUUUACAGUUGACGCUUAUUAUUUAUACUUAUGAUGGAAUUAUUGCUGUUGAUUCAAUAUUCUUUCACCAAUUAAUCAGUAUUUUGAGCUCUCUCGGUAGCAUGGGCUGGGCAAUGUCUAGCUACCACAGAAUAAUUCGCUUAGCACAAGGUGAUAAAGAAAAUAUCAAUUGCAUUGGAAAUAUCAUUCAAUUCUUCUGGCAUUUUUUCAUCACUGUAUCAAGAAUAAUAUCAAUAAGUGCAGCAGCAGCAAUAUUUGCAGUUUACACAACAAUAUUUUGCUUCAUCCACUGGUUCGUAAUGACACUCUGGAUUUUAAGCAGACCAACUGGAGUGAUACAAUUCUGUCGUGACCAGAGCAAAGGUCCUGACGCUCCAUUGACAAUCUAUGAGCGCAUCGGAUAUUACCUGUUUUCAGCGAUUCUCGGCGUGGUUUACGUCUUUACGUACCUAAAGCCAGCCGAGGGAUCAACUUUCUACAGGCACAUUUUUUAUUACAGCAUCUGCGGAAUCGAAAACGCGGCAGCUUGUAUUGUCUGGGCAAUUGCUGAUUACAAUACUGUCCUGUUUUUACAAUACUAUAUACUCGUUAUUUGCUUGUGCAUUGUGCCAUUUAUUCUUGGAAUUCUUUGUAUGAUAGUUUAUUACAAAUUUUUCCAUCCGACUUUGUCUAAAACCUCACAAGUACCUCACACAGACUCAGUCAAUAUUUAAAUAUACUUAUAUUUUUAUAAUCAGUGAUGAUUAUUAUUAAUACUGCCACCAGUUUAUACACACUCAUGCAUUUAUAUUUAUGAUACUGAUAUAAUAUAAUAGUUAAAUAUUUUUAUACUUUUUUAAGUAAAGUAAUUAAUAUUUAUUACCAGUUCUUACUCAGAUUUUUAUACAAGUUCAAGUCCAUGACAGUACUUUGAAUUUCAAAACAGCCAACAAAUUUCAGAUGUUACUAACAUGUUAAAUUUA